UGGCGGGCAGCUAGGAUGGCAGAUGAGGAGGAAGACCCCACCUUUGAGGAGGAAAAUGAAGAAAUUGGAGGAGGAGCAGAAGGUGGACAGGGGAAAAGAAAGAGACUUUUCUCCAAAGAACUACGGUGUAUGAUGUAUGGGUUUGGGGAUGACCAGAAUCCUUACACCGAGUCGGUGGAUAUUCUUGAAGACCUUGUCAUCGAGUUCAUUACUGAGAUGACUCACAAAGCAAUGUCAAUCGGAAGACAGGGUCGAGUGCAAGUUGAAGAUAUUGUCUUCCUGAUUCGAAAGGACCCAAGGAAGUUUGCCAGAGUUAAAGACUUACUUACUAUGAAUGAAGAAUUGAAACGGGCUAGAAAAGCUUUUGACGAAGCCAACUAUGGAUCUUGACACCGUUUGUAAUAUCUGUAAUUUUGAUAUUUUGUUUGGAGACCGUACGUUCUAACUGUCUACAGUAAUGUGAUAGCUAGGCAUGUGAUGAAGGAGGCCUUCAGUUCUCGUUUUGUAACUUGAGCCUUUCAUUGCCUGCCUUCAUACCUGAACUCUUCGCCGGGAUUCAGUGACUGCUGACAGUGUCUCCAGUUGUGCAGCUCCGUCUGAAAAGGCAGUGUUUCGUGGACUUGUGUAUGCCCAGCUCUGUGCCAUAGCUGCAUGACAUGCAAUCUAAAUGUCCUUUUGGCUUUAUGAAAGUUGAGACCCGUGCUUUAUGUAUUUCAAGUUUUUAUGACAGUGGCGGGAGGAGUUCUUAGCGAAUGAACGUGUUUGUGUUUCUUUUAAGGAACUAAGUUCUUGUAAGAAUGUUUAUUUGUUUUAAUAUUCUUUUCUAAAGAACUCUUUCUUUUUUUAAAGAAACUACUAUUUGUUAAGUGUUAGUGGACCUCAUCUUCCUUGGUAACAGUAAAGUUUCUAAAAUAAGUGCUUUCAGUAGUAGGGAUGGCAAAAUAUCUGUCUGAGGUCAGGACAGAUAUUUUGGGUGGUGUUCUAUUGACAUAUAUGUAAGUUAAUUUCACUGUAAAAAUGUAUAGUUGAUUUAACCAGUAUGUGACUGUGCAAGCAUUUUGAUAGUUAAGGAUAUGCAGGCUUUGUGUGUAUUUAGCAUAUUGCAUUAAAUUAUUUUAUUUAGCUUAUAAUAAGGAUUAAAAUUACAUUUAAAGAGAUUACUGAAUGUUACUCUGUGAAACCUACUGGUGCUUCUUAACAUCGCUAAAUCAGUACUUGGGGAAAUACUACCUGUUUAAUCUGUUGAUACAAGGAAUAAAGGAUGAAGAAUUAAACACAUUAA